UAUGACAUCCGGGCAUUGAAGGAAUACGGAUGCCUUUGUGCGCAGGCGUCGGAUAUUGACUUGCAACGUAACUUCCUUUAAUCGGGAACAUGGCGUCGGGUACAUUGUAUACUUUCCCAAACAACUUCAGGGCGUAUAAAGCUCUGAUAGCUGCCCAAUAUAGUGGUGCUAAACUGACUAUUCCAGCUGACUUCAAAUUCGGCGAAACGAAUCGAGACAGUCAAUUCCUAAAAAAGUUCCCGUUGGGAAAGGUACCCGCCUUUGAGUCAAAAGAUGGAGUUGCAUUGUUUGAAAGUAACGCUAUUGCUGCAUACGUUGGCAAUGCAAAAUUAAAUGGAGAAAAUCCUCAGAAUGCUGCUGAAGUGUUACAGUGGAUAAACUUUGGAGAUAAUGAAGUUUUACCAAAUGCCUGUACGUGGGUCUUCCCUUGUCUUGGAUUAGUACAAUUUAACAAACAGGAGACGGAGAAAGCCAAACAAAAUAUCAAGAAGGCUUUAGGUGUAUUAAAUGAGAGACUUUUAACGAGGACAUAUUUAGUUGGUGAUAGAAUAUCUCAAGCUGAUAUUAGUGUGGCUUGUAAUCUACUUAUGCUCUACCAAUAUGUUUUGGAGCCAGCGUUUAGAAAUGACUUCCAGAAUGUGAACAGAUGGUUUAAAACACUCAUCAACCAGAAAGAAUUUAAAUCUGUUAUUGGAACUAUUAAUUUAUGUGAUAAAAUGGCUCAAUUUGAUGGUAAGAGAAUUCAACUACGAUGA